UCACUCGAUCGAAAUGAUAAGAAAUUCUUCCUGCAACUGAAUGGUCAUUGGUUCGAAUUUGUAUAUACCCCUACUCGGAAUUUUUUUCUCCAAACCCAAGGGGGUGCAAAGCACCCCCUCCUCUCCAAGUGGCUCCGCCGCUGUCAAUGAUGACAUGCCUUCUAAAAUCAAAUUUCACGCAACCAUUCAAAGUGGAACGUUUUGUAUGUGUCGGAACCAUGUAGCUCAAUUAGUACGAAUAUUGACUGUUUUGGGUCAAGUUUGUACGAAUUUACUUUUGGUUAUCUACUUUUAAAAGGCUCAGUACUGAUUGGCCUAGGUGGGCAAUAAUAUACAAGUGUCUUUUUCCUUGUAUUCCCGACGUGGACUUGAAUUGUCCCAUAACUAUCAUUACCUCAAGAUAAGGACCAUGAACUUCGUGUUCUCUCCUCUGCGAUUAUCUUGAUUCGCCAGACAUCUUGUAUCGACAGGCUAUACGAAACAAGGAUUCACCAUAUGCAGAUCUCCUUGACCCACCAGACAAUACGCGAAUCUCCUCUGAUCCGCCAAACAAACACAUAUCUCAAAUCCCGAGGUUAUCGAAUGAGGGUCCACCAUACAUACUGAUGACUGACGUCCAACAACCUGAACUGGAACUUCGAACCAACCUCUGAGAUCACUUGUCAAGACUAGGUAGCUCAUGGCAAAAAUAUCCGUAAUCGUGGAUAUCUACCCAAAUCCGGCCUAAUCGGGUAGGGUAAAACACGAACCCGAAGGACAUUUAGUGGGUACGGGUAAAAUCCGAACCCGAAUAUUGCGGAUAAUGGGUGGGCAUGAGUUUUCUCACUAUCCAACCCGAACCCUCAGAUUAUACACAUGCAUAUGUAUUUUUUCUAGAAAUAAUCAUGAUUUUUCUCUAACAUAUUUUUUAUUUAGCAUAUAAAUAUAAUUAUUUUCAUGAAAUUGUGUAGUUUUAAUUAAUUUUCUUCAUUCUAGUGAAUUAUUGUCGUACUUUUCCUCUUACGUAAUGUGACAAUACCUGUGAAUGUUAACAUAUUGGUUGGAGUUAUGAAGAUAAAUUAUUACCCAUGGAUAACCGUGGAUACCCAAAACCCAAACGACUAUGGGCAUUAUUUUGAUUUUCUACCCGUUUCACAUGUGGGUAUGGGUAAAACCCGAACUCCUAUAAGUAGGGUAACGGAUAUUCACUAUCCACAACCGACCCGACCCGACUCAUUGCCAUCCCUACAUAUAAUGGCUAAAAAGAACUUUGCUUUGUUCCCAACCUCUAUAAUAAGUUUAGAUUUUUGCGGUUCGAUUUGAUAUGAAACUUGAACGUAUAUCUUUAUUGUCAAGUCAAAUGAUCUUUUGAAAAGAAAAAAAAAGUUACAAUUAAUCCUAUUUUCUAUGCAAACAAUGAAACAAACACAUAAAACCUUAUUUUUAAACGCAAGAACAUGAAAAAAAAAAAAAAAUUCAACCCAAAUAUCCCAGUACCGCCCUUCCUUUCCCCUUCCCUACCCCUCAAGUAACUACUCUUAUCUCCUCUUUUUUGGUAGAAAACUACUCUUAUCUGUUUACCUGUAAAAGUAAAAAAAAAAAAAAACUCCUCCAUUGACCUCAGAUCUGUUUACCGGUAAGAAAUGGAAAAUCCCACAUUGUUUGUAACCUCUACAGACCCCAUUGCUUUCACAAAUGGGGAAAUGGAAAGAGAACAGAAAGCAGAGCAUUUUUGUCCUGAGAUGGAAGGGCACGAUCGUCAGUUCAUUCCUCUCGCCAUCUCCAAAUCUCCGUCUCCGGCCGCUGCCUACUCCUUAUAAACCCAAAAUCCUUCUCCAAAUCCUGAAAGAAGAAAAAAAGAAAUAAAAUAGAAAACCUAUCAUCUCCUCUCUCCCCUGAUUCCAUCUCUCCCAAUCGUGUUUCCCUUCUGAACUUACCCAACUCUGAUUUCCCUGCCGCCGAUUCUGAGCAGUGAUGGGUGUGAGCUGCUGCUGGUGCUCCCACAAUUCCUACAUAAUCAUCACCAGCUUCUUUCGUCAUAAGUCUUAGAUAUAUUUUCACCGUGAUCAAAAGGGGAAAGAAGGAGAAGACUCUGUUUUUCGCUGCGCUGUGACACGACUCAGAUUCGGAGAACUGUUCGAUUUUUUUUUACAGUGACGGUUGUUUUGCCUGAGCUUGCCUUUGUCAAUGGCAGCUUGAGGGGAACACACCAAACGAACAAAAAGAACUUGUGGGAUCUAGACAACACAAACAACUCACCUGUUUUUCCGUUUUCCAUUUUCUCUUGCGGGGAAGCAAAUCUCAGAAAGAAAAAAGCUACUGACUUUCGGAAAUUUCAUGGCGGCGUGUGCUAGCGGCGGUGGCGGCCGCGACGGUGGCGGUUUGGGUACUAUCCUGCUUCAGAACCAUCGAGGUGGCGCUUCUCAGCCCCUUGGAUCGUUCUUCCUGCCUUCGUCUUCUUCUUCUUCUCCUUCUUUCCUCGGUCAAAGAUCCAUAGUCCGUUUCGACGAUACGAACGGAUCAACAACAACAAGCAGGCCCUUCUUCACCGCAUUUGACGCCGAUGAAAACGGCGACGACGACUUAGACGAGUAUUUCCGGCAACCGGAGAAGAAGAGGAGACUCUCGGUGGACCAAGUCCAGUUUCUCGAGAAGAGCUUCGAGGUGGAGAACAAACUGGAGCCCGAACGCAAAAUCCAGCUGGCCAAGGACCUCGGCCUGCAACCUCGGCAGGUCGCUAUUUGGUUCCAGAACCGCCGCGCACGGUGGAAGACCAAACGGCUGGAGAAAGAUUACGACGCUCUCCAAUCAAGCUUUGACGCUCUCAAGGCCGACUACGAUGGCCUUCUCAAGGAGAAAGACAAAUUGAAGACCGAGAUCAAUUUGCUGACAGACAAGCUGCAGAAGAAAGAGAGAGCUACGAGAACCUUGGACUUGUCUCACAAUGAUGCCAUGUCUCGAGAAAUACCAUUGGAGAAACCAAUUGUGGAUUCUUCAGGAGCUGGUUGUAAGCAGGAAGAUAUAAGCUCAGCUAGAAGUGACAUAUUCGAUGCAGACAGCCCACAUUACACAGAUGGUGUCGUCCACUCGUCACUGCUGGAAGCUGGAGAUUCGAUUUCGUCCUAUGUCUUCGAACCAGACAACCAGUCGUCGGAUCUUUCUCAGGACGAAGCCGAUAAUCACAACAACAACAAUUUCUGCUGCAGGAAUCUGCUGCCUGAUCAGUAUGUGUUCCCGAAGCUGGAAGAUGAGGAUUACUCGGAUCCACCUGCAAGUUUCGAGGACCAGGCCUUUUGGUCCUCAUGGCCGUACUGAAUCGACCACUUUGCUAGUAGCUCUUCGAUCCUUUUGGUAUGUAUGUGUAUAAAUAAAUAACGUGUGGUGAAAGAAGGGUGUUAAUUAUGGUUUUGCUGUUGUUUGUUUGGUGCUUAAGAGGAUAUGAUUGGAGUCAUGAUUGCAAAUAAAUAAGGAAAACCCUCAACUGAGAUAGAGAAACCCUAUGUUGUUGGAAAGCUCCUAAAAUGUGGUUAAUUGGGUGUUUCCCUUUUUGUUGUUAAUAAUGGGUAGAGGGGUUUAAUGAGAAGGUUCUUGUUGGUGGUGGGCAAAAAAUCAAUCAUUUAAAUAAAUUUACUUCUUCUGUUAAUAGUCUUUAUUGAAAGUGUGGGAAUCUUAGCGCAAAACAAAAGGAAUGAUCUUGUGAUAAGUGUAAGCCAACUAGACUAUGGUGCUUACAUGCCAACAGUGAUAAGGAUUUCACAAGCGUAUGAUGCUAUUUAAUAAGUUGUAAUUUUGUUU